AUGAGCACCAUAGGUGAAGAGAUAGGUACGAUAACUUCGGAAAAUUUCGGCUUCAAAAAGCUGGGACAAUCAACUAUUUUGCCCUCAUAUGACGAGAAAGUACCGUUUGCUGCAUUACAAAAUUUUGAUAUCUCAAAUACGAAUAAUAGAUAUGUGGCAGCUUCUGCUGACAAAAUUGUUAUUGGCGAACUUCAGCUUUUGAGAGACUUUAUACAAAAUGACUCUCAUGAUGAUGCGUCAUUUCUAUGGGAAAGCAACUUGCGAGACAUCAUUUUGGUCAAGAUAUUUUCGAAUGAUACAGUGAUUGCCAUUCUUAAAAAUGGUACUGUGUAUUCGGUAAGCCUCAGUCGCUUAGGUGAUUUAAAAGAAGUUCAUAAUUUCUCUCAUGGCAUCGUCCAAUCGUUCGCAUCAAAACGACAGAACAGGGGAUUCGUCCUGGAAAGCAAUGGAACGCUGCAUACGUAUGAUCCUGUCAGUGGCGAAACUCAUAAUAUAUUAGAUUCUGUUGCAUCAUUUGAUGUAUUCGAUAAUGUCAUUUAUACCUUUGGGAAAGACUACACAAUAAGGGCACAUAGUUUGGAGUUCAAUGAUGGUAAGGUAGAGUUAAAAUAUGAAGUCAACACCCCAACCGAGAUGGUAGAAGAAUUUCAUGACCAAUAUUUUCCUUUAAGCAUUAAUGUCUUAGACACAAAUCACUUUUUACUCGUUUACGGUUUACUUAAUUCAGAAUCUGACGAUGAAGUAAUAUAUGACCACAAGAUGUUUAUCAUGAAUAAUUCAAGCACUGAGCCAAUAUUUCAAGAAUCCUUUGAUAUUACACCCGCGUUUGGCUCGGUACUACGGUAUCCAGCUUAUUAUAAUUUGAGGUUAUUUGAUUUAGUACCGGAGAGUAAAAUCACUAAUAUAAUUACUUCUUCCUGCUCAAGCGAGGUUACCAUUUGGGAUUCGAAAGAGGUUGUACAACCUUCUCAAGAUAGCGAAAGGGCGGUUUUACCAAUUAGUAAAAUAACAGAUAACGAUACAAACCCUGUCGGAAUAGCACUUGAUAUAUCAACGACUGGAGUCAUCGCAAAUCCUUGUCCAGGCGUUGACGUUGUGGAGGAACUACCAUUAAUUUACAUAUUGAAUAAUGAAGGAAGCGUGCAAAUCGUAGGAUUAUACCACUCAUCUGCCAUCAAGCAAGGGAGAUUUAACAUUAAUGCACUUAGAGAGUAUACCACUGAAGAGGAGGUAGAAGAGGAGAGAGUGACCUCAAAUGUAUCGGAUAUGUCUGUAAAAAAGGGUGAUGAUGAGGGCCAUUCUGAUAGAGAUUUCUCGAAGUUAACCUUGGUAAGUUCUGUAGAUGUUGAGACGGGAAAGUCAAACCCUAUUCAGAGGAGCACCCCUCCAAAAGAACGUCAAGCAACAGACACAGAGGGGCCGCUCCUUUCUAGUACUGCAAGUGGAAAGUCGUUCUUCGAUGGCGAUAAAACGACCUGCGCAACAACAUCCAUUGCAGGUUCUCCUGUAAAUACAAAAGAACAGUCAGAUAUCAACAAAACAUUCAUCGAUAAGCAGUCAGAAAAUUCGGGAUUUGGUUCUACGUAUGGCAAACCAGCAUUUGGAAAGACAGAAUUUGGUAAGGCAGAGUCAGGUCCAACGGUUGGAAAACUAUCAUUCGGUAAAACAGCAUUGGGUGCCACGGAGGCUAGCUCACCAUUUGGCAAACCAUCAUUUGGUAAGACAGAAUUCGGUGCCACGGAGGCUAGCUCACCAUUUGGCAAACCAUCAUUUGGUAAGACAGAAUUCGGUGCCACGGAGGCUAGCUCACCAUUUGGCAAACCAUCAUUUGGUAAGACAGAAUUCGGUGCCACGGAGGCUAGCUCACCAUUUGGCAAACCAUCAUUUGGUAAGACAGAAUUCGGUGCCACGAAGGCUAGCUCACCAUUUGGCAAACCAUCAUUUGGUAAGACAGAAUUCGGUGCCACGGAGGCUAGCUCACCAUUUGGCAAACCAUCAUUUGGUAAGACAGAAUUCGGUGCCAUGAAGGCUAGCUCACCAUUUGGCAAACCAUCAUUUGGUAAGACAGAAUUCGGUGCCACGGAGGCUAGCUCACCAUUUGGCAAACCAUCAUUUGGUAAGACAGAAUUCGGUGCCACGAAGGCUAGCUCACCAUUUGGUAACCCAUCAUUUGGUAAGACAGCAUUCGGUACCGCAGAAGCUAGUCCGCCAUUUGACAAAAUGCAAUUUGGCAGCCAAGAAUCUGGUUCAGCAUUUGGCAAGCCAUUAUUCGGCAAGACAGGAUUUGGCUCCACGGAAAGCAGCGCAUCUUUUGGCAGUUUAGCAUUUGGCAAGACACAGAUUGGUGGCGGAGGAUCCGGUGCAGCAUUCGACAAACCAUCAUUUAGGUCCACGGAAAUAGUCGCAGAGAAAACUAGCUCACAAGAUGAAAAACCGUCACUUGGCAGGACAGAAUUCAGCUCCGCGAAAGUAAGUUCGCCAUUUGGCAAGGCGCAACCUAUUAGCGCGAACUCAGGCUCAACAUUUAUGAAGGCUGAGCUUGACAAAAUGCCAUCCAGUAGUACGGAUACAUCUUCAUCCGAUAAUAAAGACCAUGCUCCGGUAUUUGGCAAGCCAGAGUUUGGUAAAGCACAAUUUUCCAACGCGCAGUUUGAUAAAGAAUUUGGAAAAUCAGGAUUUCGCGGCAACUUACCCAGUUCGCAAUCGGACUCUUUGAAAGCAGGAAAGCAACCUUUUUCAGGCUUUGCAAGCUUCAAUUCUCAAACAGGUAAACUGGACAACCCAUUUCUUUCCUCUUCAAAUUCUCCUUCACCCUUCGCAAAUCUUUCAGAUCUUUCUUUGAAAACAAGUGAGAAAAACCUUAAAACUGCCCUGAAUGAUAAGGGUGAGGAAGAGGUUGAUUAUAGUGAAGUUAUUCCAAAGGACGCGAAUGCAGAAGGUCAGACCGUUCCGGUCCAGAACAAACAAGCAUCCGAUGAAAAGUCGUCCCCAAUAGCAGAAACUGCGGAUAAAAACGUAAUCACAAAUGAAAAAAAGUCGAUUGAAUUAAGGAAGAUGGGUACAUCAAUUAAAAAAGAGGAAGGUAAUAUGUCUGAGCAAGAUCAAGAUCUGAGAGUAGAGGGAAUUGAGGAAUCGCAACCAGAGUAUGAAUCAGAAUUUAAAGGAACAGAGACAGGGUCUGAGAUGCAAAGUGUCAUCUCGAGUAACUCACUUGCUAAUGAUAAAGCCGAACUUCAGGACAGUGAAAAAGGUGAAUCAAUACAGGACAGCGUUGUGAACAGGGAUCUGAGCGAUAAUAGCAGUUCUACUAACGAGGAAUUAACAAAUUUAUCUGACAGCACGAUAGAAGAUACUGCUUCACUUACAAAAUUAUCUAACAAUGACCUCACUAAAGAAAAUUCCAUUUCUUCAAUUGCAGCCCGCUUGAAAGAUAGCGCCAAUAUUCUAGAAACGGGGUCCACUAUCCGUCAAUCUAAAGUGAAAUCUGAUGUCGAUAAAUCACUAUCUCCAUCCUCUUCUUUCAACAAUGAUAUGAAAACCUCUUCUAACUUAGGUUUCACCUUUAAGAAUAUGGGCAGCACUAAGGAAAGAAGAAAAAAUUUGAUUUCAGAAACUAAUGCGGACACUAAUAACUCAUAUAGCACUAUUAAAGGCGCGUCUCCAGUAAUAUCUGAUACGGAAAACUCAAAGAUCAACCCGGAAGUUCAUCAAACGGUGAAAGAAGGCAGUUUCAUGAGAAAUGACGAUCCAGCGCAUAUCAGUAACAACUAUUCAGAGCAGAAAGAAAAACGAGAACACUGUACGUCUACAAUUGCAGGACCCAAACAUGAAAAUAGCGGUGUAUUCAAAACGGAAGUCGCGAAUGCCAAGAGCUCAAAACAGAAAGAAAGUGCAGACUUAGAGGUCCAGAAAAAAGAAUCAAGACAACAAUCAAAUUCCAAAGAUAGCAACAGUGAAGAGUCUUAUGAUGCUUUGGACGACUUCACGCAAGAUGAGCUGGAAAGCGCGAUGGAUAGUGAUCAAGUUACUUACAAUUCUGAGAAACAAAAUACGGAUAAAGAAGUUCAAACAACUGAAGUAUCACUGGAGGAAGCUUCUACUCAAGCAGUACCUAGUAUCGUCUCUCAAAGCAAUCAGACCAACCCAAUCAAGUAUUGCGAUUUUCAAGUCCAGGCAUUCGAAAACAAUGAGGUGCAUUUGGCAACGGCUCACCUACCGCGCCCAUUAAAAGAGUAUUUGACAGGGGCAAUGCUGGGCCAAAUAGAGUAUUUCUCACAAAACCCUACUACACGGUUGAUUGAAAAGAGCUACCACUUGCUCUGUGCCGAAAUGGAGGUUCUUUUAGAUAACAUCACGUUUUUGAAUGAGUUCCUGCAGGAUCAAUCAAUGAAUAACCUUUUCGAGCGAACUGUAGAAAGUUUGCCAAACCUUUAUACUUGGAGGUUAACGGAAGCUAGGAAGUUCCAAGACAUUAUGACAGAAAAAGUGGCAAACUUUUCAAACGUUUCAAAGGUUCAGACUGUAUAUGAAGAAAUUUCCAAGCUAACCAACGAAGAUUUCAAAUCCCUUUCAAAUGAAAUUAAGAGAUGUAAGGAGAUCUAUGAACAAUUACAGUAUAGCGAACAAAACAUAAACAUUAAUGGAUUAAGAGAUCAUCAGUUGAAGAUGCGGAUGCAACUGCGAGAAAAGAUGUCUCAAGUUUAUACAAGACUCGAUAACGUUGAAAAAUCAUUACAGGUACUAAAGCUAUGCACUGUUCAGAAGGAUAAAUUAGGAGGAAUUUCUCUUUUUGAAACAUUAUCAAGAGAUCUUUCAGGGCGUCAGAAUCUGCUGUCAAACAUUGAGCGUUUAAGGGAGGAGCUUCAUGAUCUGAAGGUAGGUGAGUUAUAUGUCAAAGAAAAGAAAGAGAAUGAUACACCACUGAUAAAAGGCGAGAUGGAAACUCUUUCAAUUGUAAAUGUCGGUCUAAGUCUACACAAUAAAAAGGAGCUUGGAAAUAUCCUAAAAUACCGAUCUCUCGAUAUAUAA